ACGGAGAGAGGUAAAAUCAUAAAACCCUAACAACAGGGUUUUAUAUGGAGGAGAAUAAGGCACCUUCUAUACCCUCCCAGACUUGCUACAACAACUUCUAGCUCAAACAAGAUGGUCAAAAUGGAAAGCCGUGGUGGAGCCUCCCCAAAAGGCAUUGCUGCAAUUGUUGGUGUCGGACCCAGGCUUGGCCGUUCCAUUGCCCGGAAAUUUUCCCAGGAAGGCUACACCGUUGCCAUCCUUGCCCGAGACUUAGAGAGAUUGUUUAGAUUUGCGAAGGAGAUAGCUAGAGAAGCGAAGGCUCCGGUUUUCGCCAUUAGAAUCGACUGCUCUGAUUCACAAAGUAUUCGGGAAGCAUUUGAAAGUGUUCUUUCUCUUGGGUUCAUUGAAGUUUUAGUCUAUAAUGCGUACCAACAACAGCAACCAGUCUCCUUUAUCUCCUCAUCAUCAUCUUCAUCUUCUUCGGUAGCGAAUACGAUAUCGAAUAGUCAACUGUAUCCAAAUAGGUUCAUAGAUGCUCGCAUUGAUUCUUUUGAAAAAUCUCUUGCUGUCUCUACAGUUGGUGCUUUCCAUUGUGCUCAGCAGGUGUUGCCAGGGAUGGUAGAUAGAAAGAGAGGGACCAUCCUCUUCACUGGCUCCUCUGCGUCUCUUAACGGCUUUCCUGGUUUCUCGGAAUUGUGUUGUGGGAAGUUCGCUCUAAGAGCAUUGUCGCAGUGCCUGGCUAAAGAGGUUCAACCUCUUGGUGUUCACGUCGCACAUGUUAUCAUCGACGGUAUCAUUGGUCCCCCAAGAUCGUCAUCACCUUCGAGAUCAAUGGUUGGGGCACAACAAGCAGCAGUGACGACCUUAUUAAUGGACCCAGACGCAUUGGCUCAGACAUAUUGGUAUUUACAUGUUCAAGACCGGAAUGCUUGGACUCAUGAGAUUCAUCUUCGAUCCUCCAACUCCAAUGAUUUUAACAUAUAG